AUCAAACCCAGACCCUCGCCGUGUGAAGGGAGAGCUUCAGCCACCAGGCCAUGAGCUACCGUGGCCUGGUGGCUACUUGCACAGCAAAAUAGUACCUUAGCUGUAAAAUAAAUGUAAUAUUGUACAGUUUGAAAUAUAAUUAACUGCUGGAAUGCAGCGAGGAGCAGUAGUCUAUAUUAUAAAAAGAAUUAGCUGUGUUAGCAGCCAUCAUGCAGGAACACUUUUUUGGGUUAUCCAAGUUUAAAGCCAGGAGGCUCAGAGUUAAUGGCUGGGCAUCACCAUGGGUGCCCCGUGUCCUCAUCAGUACAUCAUAGACAAAAAUUUCAGCACCAGACUUCUAGCUGAGAAGAGAGAGGUCACUUGUGAAUGGUGUGGUGCAGCAGGUUCCAGCCUAAGAUUGUGUCUGUACUCUGGGUGUCUGCGUGUUGGCUGUGCAGAAGGCCAUGCUGACCACUCCACCUUCCACAAUCACCAAUUCCCUUCUCACUGCAUCACUUUAAAUUUAACUACCCUUCGAUCGUGGUGCUACAUGUGUGAAAUGGAGGUCACAUCAUCUGUCAUGGCAAGUCUGAGUAUACCACCAGGCCAGCAGCAACAUUUGGGAGUGCCAAUCAGUGCUCAGGGUGUUGCUGUUGCCCAGCCUAUCACACCUAGUCAGUCUAGCGCUGAAGAUGAGGAUGAUGAUGAAGAAGAGAUGAAAGCAAAAGGAUUGGUUGGACUGCGCAACCUUGGACUGACCUGCUACAUGAACUCUGCUCUCCAGGCAAUGAGUAACUCAGUGCCUCUAGCUCAGUUUAUGAUCGAGUGCCCGGCAUUCUUGCGCAAUGAUAGAAAAUCACCCGGGCUCUCCCGACCUUUUCAGAGAUUGAUGGUUGAAAUGUGGCAUAAAAAAAGACCAAGUUUUGUCACUCCCUCUCUGCUCUAUCAUGGAUUCAAACAGUUAUACCCAAUGUUUCGAGGGUAUACACAGCAGGAUUCUCAGGAGUUUCUUCGAUAUUUUAUGGAUCAACUUCAUGAGGAACUAAGGGAGCCUCAGAUAAUUUCACACGAAGACGAGGAAAGGGAAAUCGAAGACGAGGAAGAUAUAUCAUCAGGCAGCCUCUCAGAGCACGAGGAAUCUCAGUCUGAAGCUGAAUAUGAGACUUGCGAUUCAGGGGUAUCAGAGCAGUCUUCAGGGUCCUCAGAUCACCAUCCCAGCAAGAGAAAGAAGCGUCAGCAUGUGGGGGUGGACGUAGAAAGUGGAAUGACACUAAGAAGCAGCAAUCGGAGUCUUCUUUUGGCUGAUCACGAGACCAGUGAAUUCUCGGAUGCUGUGUCAGACACCACUCUUCUUGACUCAGACUCAGCUGGUGGCAUAUCUUCUUCUGCUUCUCCUCAAGUUCAUUCCUCCUUCACUAGUGGUCUUGGCUCUAGUAAGCCAUCUAUAGCAUCAAUCACAUCAUCCUUCAGAGCUACAACAUCACCUUGCCCAGGCAAAGCAUCAUCAAGUACUGCGAACAAUCCCAGCCGAAGAAGAAAACCUCCUUCAUACCGCAGCGUCAUCUCUGAUAUCUUUGAUGGAACCAUUGUCAGCUCAGUUCAGUGCUUGACCUGUAAUACAAUAUCCUCCAGAAAGGAAACAUUCCAGGACCUAAGUCUACCUAUCCCCAGCAGUGACCAACUUAGCAUUCUGCAGCACUCCUCUGUUACACAGUUGCAACAAGUGGGUGGAACCAACACCAGUAGCCUUCACCUGGCCAAGGCCUCAUGUGAUGCAACCACAGAUGGAUGGAUGUGGUGGAUCUGGGUGUGGCUGCGGUCAUGGCUUUGGGGUCCAGCUGUUUCCCUCCAUCAUUGUCUUGCAGCCUUCUUCAGUGCUGAUGAACUUAAAGGAGACAACAUGUAUUCCUGUGAGAAGUGUGGUAAACUACGCAAUGGAGUUAAAUUUUCAAAAGUUUUACAAUUACCCGAGGUGCUUAUUAUCCACCUUAAGAGGUUCCGGCAUGAAACGAUGUUCAGUUCAAAAAUUAGCCAGUAUGUGUCAUUCCCACUUCAUGGCUUAGAUCUUACACAAUUCCUGCAUAAAGAUUGUGGCUCUGAGGUUGUAACAUAUGAUCUGUAUGCUAUCAUAUGUCACCAUGGUACUGCAGGAGGUGGCCAUUACACCUCUUAUUGUCAGAACUGGAGCAAUCAUCGCUGGUAUGAGUUUGAUGACCAGUAUGUUACUGAAGUCUCCCCAGAAACUGUGACCAAGUGUGAAGCAUAUGUUUUAUUCUACAAAAAGACAAGUACAGAGAUGACAUCACGACGCCAGAGGACAGUUGAACUUAUGCAGGUGUCUUCACGGGAACCUUCACUCAUGCAUUUCUACAUAUCUAAACAGUGGGUCAAUAAGUUUAACACUUUCUCUGAACCUGGACCCAUUGAUAACUAUGACUUCUUAUGCCCACAUGGAGGGGUACAACCACAAAAGGCAAGUUAUGUGGGAGAGUUGGUGAUGCUUCUCAGUCAAGGUGUUUGGGAAUACUUGCACCAGGUGUUUGGUGGUGGUCCCGCCUGUACAAGACUGUAUCGAUGUGUUACUUGUCGGGCAGAGCUCGAUGCUCUCUCGCAUCGUCAGAAUAGUGAGCUGGAGAUGUUCUUCAAGCUGAAAAAGAUGUUCCAAGAGGAAGAACACCCCAACAUUGUAGCAAUAUCCAUGAGGUGGUUCCGAACGUGGGAGAGCUUUGUGCGAGGACGUGAGCAAGAACCACCAGGCCCCAUUGAUAAUUCUUCGAUAUGUACAAGUAAAACUGGCCAGCCUAUGCUCAAACCAGGGUCAGAUUAUGCCCAAAUCUCUGAAGAGAUGUGGGACUUCUUCCACGAAACAUAUGGAGGUGGCCCAGAGUUGUCUGUCAUGUAUGGUAACCCACAUGGUCCAGCCAGACGGUCCGAGCGAGCAGAGGGAGCACGGACUGACACUCACAAGUCUGAACCACUUCAGCCAGGCUCCCGAUCACAAAGUACAGACAAUCUUCCAUACAGUGGUGCUGGUGCAAAUCGACAAAGAACUGUUUCUGCUGGUGAGGGUGUGAGGAUGACACCAACAUGUUGCUCAAAGAUCAGUGAAAGUGAGAGGUUGUCUAAGUCACAGUCACUCGAGGAGAAGGAAGAAGCAUCAAGUGAAGAUGAUGAUGAUAAUGAAACAAAGUCAGGCUGUGUGGAGGAAGCCUCAACAGGUAGUACAAAUAUUGGUGUAAUUCAACAAACUCUGGCAGUAAAGUCCUCACUUCAACCACUAGAACAACACUCAAUAUGAUAAUAAAACAGGUUUUGCUAGUAAUUUAUUUUAUGGGGACUUUCACUAUUUCUAUAUACAGUUAAAAAGUAAGGUAUUACAAGAAUACACACUGGUAUACUACAAUUUUUGCAUUUAUUUUGUGUAAAGACAUUACAGUCUCAUAAAAUACAAAAGUAGUGACAAGUGAUGGAUUACAAAUAACCUAAUUAAAUCUUCUGUUGGUAGGAUUUAUUCAUAAUAUGAACAAGAUAUAUAUUUUUUUUCUUACUGUUUAUUUUUUAUAUCCUUUGAUAAUUGCAUAAAUCAGGGAGUACCACUACUGUAUAAGUUAAUACUGUAGUGGGAUUUAGCACUGCUACUGAUGUUGAAGUCAUCAUGAAAUACCUCUGUUAUAUGAAAUAUUGUAGUGGGAUAAACCACUAUUGUACAAAUGCUGUAGUGGAGUAGAGCACCCCUACUUUAUAAAUGUUGCAGUCAGGAGACACCACUACUAUAUAAAUGCUGUAGUUAGGAGAGACCACUGCUACAUAAAGGCUGUAAUAGCAAGAGAUACCACUACUGUAUAAAUGCUGUACAGUAGUUAGCAAGAUACACUACUGUAUAAAUCCUGUAGUUAGCAAGAGAUACCACUAUUGUAUAAAUGCUGUAAUAAUAAUGUAAUCAGUUUAAGUUCUAAAUCUGUAUGGGUUAUAUAACACUGCAGGUAGAGAUGUGUAAGGGUAGGAAUGUACAAAGGUUAGGAGAGAGUGAGGGGUAGGAGUGUGUGAGAGUAGGAGUUAUUGAAAAUGAGGAUUACUGCUUAAUUUCCAUUAAAAUGUCAGAAAAUGAGUUUGCACCAAAGGUGGGACUUUCAGGAAGAAUUUCAAUUAGUGUGUGAUAGGGCAGCAUAAACAGAAGUCCUGUAAGCCAGCUGAUUGACUGGACAAUCUAUUAAGAUGAGGACUGUCAGUGUAACAACAGUCCUCAUCAUGGUACUAGUUGGGUUUCCAUGUGAACAUAAAUGUUGUAGAUAUAAUGAAAUCACAUGAAUUGUAUAAGUGUUAGGUCAUCCUUACAAGAAAGCCAUGAGCUUGAUAGUGUUGAUCAUGAAGCUGGUGUACUUGUGUUGGUGUGUUGAUCAUGAAGCUGGUGUACUUGCUGUUGGUGUGUUGAUCAUGAAACUGGUGUACUUGUUGUUGGUGUGUUGAUCAUGAAACUGGUGUACUUGCUGUUGGUGUGUUGAUCAUGAAACUGGUGUACUUGUUGUUGGUGUGUUGAUCAUGAAACUGGUGUACUUGUUGUUGGUGUGUUGAUCAUGAAGCUGGUGUACUUGUUGUUGGUGUGUUGAUCAUGAAACUGGUGUACUUGCUGUUGGUGUGUUGAUCAUGAAGCUGGUGUACUUGUUGUUGGUGCGUUCAUCAUGAAACUGGUGUACUUGUUGGUGUGUUGAUCAUGAAGCUGGUGUACUUGUGUUGGUGUGUUGAUCAUGAAACUGGUGUACUUGUUGUUGUGUGUU